UUUAAUUUUACUUUUUUUUCUCUCUCUCUCUCUUUUAAUUUAAAAAAACUGCCUUCCAGUUAAAAAGCAAGGAAACCGUUUUACCUGCAUGUGACAAUCCCAGAGGACACCGAUCAAGAAACGGGAGUGACUUGGUCUUCUGCACUACUUUACUCCUACCCCAAUUUUUUAGGGGGAGAGAAGGAUUUUUCCAGUCCAAGAAUCUCUUGCCCCCAAGUUUUGGAAGGGGGUUGAAGACUUGUCACCCAUCUGGGGGUGCAUGAAGGGUAUUGGUUUUCUUUCUCUGUUAACUUGGUUUUGUGAAGGGUUGGAAGAGAAUUUUGCCUUCCUGACUUGCCUGGAACAAGAGGAUGAUUUGGAAAUGGCUGGGCGCUUUGCUGCUUUUCCCCGUGCAGAUGGUUUAUUUGGUGGUGAAAGCUGCCGUGUGCGUGGUGCUGCCGCCCAAGCUGCGAGACCUGUCCGGGGAGACCGUGCUGGUCACCGGGGGGGGCAGAGGCAUCGGUCGCCAUCUGGCCAGGGAGUUUGCCAAACGAGGAGCCAGAAAGAUCAUCCUGUGGGGUCGAACUGAGAAAUGCCUGAAGGAGACCACAGAGGAAAUCAGGAUGAUGGGGACAGAAUGCUAUUAUUUCAUUUGUGAUGUAGGCAAUCGAGAAGAGGUCUAUCGGCAAGCCAAAGCUGUGCGGGAAAAGGUAGGUGAUAUCACUAUCCUGGUGAACAAUGCUGCUGUGGUCCAUGGUAAGAGCCUGAUGGACAGCGAUGAUGAUGCACUGCUCAAAUCACAACAUAUAAACACCCUGGGACAGUUCUGGACCACCAAAGCAUUCCUGCCAAGGAUGCUGGAGUUGCAGAAUGGACACAUUGUUUGCCUGAACUCUGUCCUGGCCUUGUCAGCCAUCCCUGGUGCCAUUGACUAUUGCACCUCGAAAGCCUCGUCCUUUGCCUUUAUGGAGAGCCUGACCUUGGGGCUGCUAGACUGUCCUGGAGUGAAUGCCACAACAGUCCUGCCCUUCCACACGAGCACAGAGAUGUUUCAGGGCAUGAGAAUCAGGUUCCCUAAUCUUUUUCCUCCUCUCAAGCCAGAGACAGUGGCUAGAAGGACAGUAGAAGCCGUUCAGAUGAAUCAAGCCUUCCUGCUCCUUCCAUGGACAAUGCAUGUUCUUGUCAUCCUAAAAAGCAUUCUCCCUCAGGCAGCACUUGAAGAAAUCCACAAGUUUAAUGGGAGCUACACCUGCAUGAACACUUUUAAAGGACGAACAUAGACUUGAUGGUGCAAGGACUGUUCUUCAGUGAAACCAACACAAGCAUGAAAAUCCUGACAAGACUGUGAAUCAGCAGUCUUGGCUUCUAGCCUGUUCAUGUGACUUGCACUGCUCUGAGGCAACACAUUUCUUGCAGGUCAUAUCCAUAGUAACAUGACCUUUGCACAGGAUUGAAUGACUAGACUGUGGACCCUUGGAAAGAAAAACAAAAAGUGUCAAAUGUUUAUAUGAUGUUUAAUUCUUUAGAGUUCAAUUGUUAAAUCUAAUCAUAGUUUUAAGAUGUAAUUGUUGUUUCUAAAGUGUCUGUAGGCUGUCCCAUCUGAGAGGCAGCACAUCACACCCCAUACUUUAGCCCCUCUCUUCAGAGGAACUGCAGUUACAAACAGCUACUGGUUUCAUUUCAGCUUUUUGAAUGGGGAACUUAAAAUACUUUGAAGAACUAAAAGUUAUGGACAUUUAAUGGAAGCUUCCUUUCCUUCCUUCACUUCACAUCCAUUGAUGAAGCUGUUCCCAACUCGCAUCAGGGAAGGAGCAAAGUGUGGAGCAACGUUUUCUUUGUUAAAGGCCACCCGGGACUUCUGUCUGGAGGGACUGUGCUGGGCCCAAGAAAGCUGUCUUCACCUGUGAAGGCUGGAGAGGAAUGCUGAGUCAGAAGAGCAGACAGUUUGAAUAGUGGAAGAUUCUUUCUGUCACUGAACUCAUAUAUGAAAUUUAAUUGUCUUUCUGAAUAUUUUUGUUCAUUUAUGAUAA